GACCAUCUCCGUUGGCUGCUCAGUCAGGCUCCAUGUCAAAUCCGGCUUGGGGCAGAAACCUGAGGGCCACACAGAAGGUGGUGGGCUUGCAGGCAGUUUCCCUGUGGCCAUGGGUGGCAACAUCGGGGAGCUUGGCAGUCGCACCUACGAGUCCCUAGCUGACGAUGAGCCCUUGGACCCUGAGGAGCCCCCCAAAAGACCCACGGGCAAUCUCAUCAUGCACAGCAUGGCCAUGCUUGGCCGGGAGUUUUGCUACGCAGUGGAGGCGGCCUACGUGACCCCAGUCCUGCUCAGCGUGGGGCUGCCCAAGAGUCUGUACAGCAUGGUGUGGCUCCUCAGCCCCAUCCUGGGAUUUCUGCUGCAACCCGUGGUGGGAUCAGCCAGUGACCACUGCCGGGCCAGGUGGGGCCGGCGGAGACCAUACAUCCUCACCCUGGUCAUCAUGAUGCUCUUGGGCAUGACUCUGUACCUCAACGGGGACGCUGUGGUAGCAGCUUUGAUUGCUGAUCCAAGGAGGAGGCUGAUUUGGGCCAUAACCAUCACCAUGAUAGGUGUAGUUCUCUUUGAUUUUGCUGCUGACUUCAUUGAUGGGCCCAUUAAAGCCUACUUAUUUGAUGUCUGUUCCCAUGAGGAUAAGGAGAGGGGCCUCCACUACCAUGCCCUCUUCACAGGUUUUGGAGGUACGCUGGGUUACCUUUUGGGUGCCAUCGACUGGGCCCAUCUGGAGCUAGGAAGAGUGCUGGGCACAGAAUUCCAGGUCAUGUUCUUCUUCUCCGCCUUGGUGCUCACUUUGUGUUUUACUAUUCAUCUCUGUAGUAUCCCUGAAGCCCCACUUAAAGAUGUUAUAAAGGACAUUUCCCCACAGCAAGCCCCCCAGGAGUUUCCAUUGUCAGCAGACAAAAUGUACCAGUAUGGGUCUAUUGAGAAAGCUAAAAAUGGUUAUGUAAACCCGGAGCUGGCAAUGCAUGGGGAAAAACCCCCAAAUCCUGCUGAACAGACUAGGAAGGCAAUGACCAUGAAAUCACUGCUGAGGGAGUUGGUGAAUAUGCCUCCCCACUACCGCUGUCUUUGCAUCAGCCACCUCUUUGGAUGGACUGCCUUCCUGUCUAACAUGCUCUUCUUCACAGAUUUCAUGGGCCAGAUUGUGUACCAUGGAGAUCCCUAUGCUGCACACAACUCCACAGAGUUUCUCAUCUACGAAAGAGGGGUCGAGGUUGGAUGUUGGGGCUUGUGCAUCAAUUCCAUGUUCUCCUCACUUUAUUCUUACUUUCAGAAAUCUUUGGUAUCCUACAUUGGAUUAAAGGGUCUUUACUUCAUGGGGUAUUUGCUAUUUGGCCUGGGGACAGGAUUUAUUGGACUUUUCCCGAAUGUCUACUCCACCCUGGCUCUGUGUACCUCGUUUGGUGUGAUGUCCAGCACUCUGUACACUGUGCCCUUUAACCUCAUUGCCAAGUACCACCGCGAGGAGCAAGAAGAGAAGAGACAGCAGGCCCCGGGAGGGAGUCUGGACGGCAGUGAGAGAGGCCAGGGCCUGGACUGCGCAGUCCUCACCUGCAUGGUGCAGCUGGCUCAGAUCCUGGUUGGAGGUGGCCUGGGCUUCCUGGUCAACAAGGCUGGGAGCGUCAUUGUGGUAAUCACAGCCUCUGUGGUGGCCACGAUCGGCUGCUGUUUUGUGGCUCUCUUCGUAAGAUAUGUGGAUUAAGUCAAUAGGGAGACAUCAUCCCUAACCUCCAACACAGUGAAGGGCAUGGUAGGAAAUCAGUCUGUCCUCUGGCUCUGCAGCUUUGGGGUCUGCCCAUUGGCUGCCCUGCGUUAUGACUUCAGCUACAGUGAUCUGCCUGCACGUCACUUUCUGCCAACCCUCUGCACAGCAGUUUCCUUAUUUUAGGCAUCAUCCAUCUCGGGAAAGACUGGGCUCUGCCUCCAUUCACCGGUGGCAAAGGUUAAUUGUGGGAGAUGGUGCCUCCAUGCGCCUUCCUACUGCAUCUCAGGACAUUCCAGGCCUUGACAAAACGCCAGAAGCCGACUAGUUUUACACAGGACAAUGGUGUUUAUUCUAUCGUGUGUUGUUUUUUUCUUAACCAGAGGUCUAUAUUUAAUCGGAGGGUCAUACUUUUCAUUAUUUCACCAAUACUCAAAAUAUUGCUGAUGAUUUAUGAUAUUAGCUUACUCAUAUUUAAUUCAUACUUCAUUUACUCAUACAGACAGUCCCUGGCUUACAAUACAAUGGUUCAAAUUACAAUGCUUCUUCCUCUUCUCCUUCUCCUUCAUCUUCUUUUACUUAACGAUAGUUGGAAAGCAGUGCACAUUCAGUAGAAAUCAUACCUCAGAUUGUGAAUUUUGAUCUUUUCUGGGUGAUACAUGCCCUUGUGAUGCUGGGCAGCGGCAGCCACAGCUCCCAGUCAGUCUCACCAUCCCGAGGGUGAACAACUGGUCCACUGACCACCAUUCUGUCUCCAUACAGCUCCACUGGUUUUGUUUUUGGUUUCCAUUUUCAGUAUGGUAUUCAGUAAAUUACAUGAGAUAGUCAACACUCAAAACCACUCCAUCUUCCUUCCUCCCUGUCCCUCUCACGUUAUCCAUCGUAGAGUGGCGAGGUCAUGACUGACUCAGAGGAGUGAUCAGGGAGAAACCUGCUCUCUAGCCUAUACUGUGGGAUGAUGAUGAGCAAAUGCUCAGAGGACCCCAUGUGACCCAGAACCCUGUGUUAUAAAAGAAACGCCUCCCUUGUAAUUCACCUGUCCUUGGCGUCUGCAAAGUUUAAAAGUAGAAUUAUUUGCAGACUUCAAUGUUUAUUUCCUGAUCAUUUCUCCAAGGACUGUUCUGGUGAUUGAAGAUUUUGAAAUCAAUGAAUGGGUGAGGUAGGAAGGACCUGCAGUUGAGGACCAUCUUACCUGGACCCCAAGAAGUUAAAAGUAGUCGUCUCUGGCCAAGCACAGGGCAAGGGAAGCUCUUUUCAGCUGAAGGACUGGAUGGGCUGCUGGGAUGAAGAAAGGAGCCAGGGCAUGCAUUCACCACCACCCCUAAAUCCCCUCACACACAUGCACUCACACACACACUUGGAUAUUCAAACACUCUGCUCUCUUAACUCGACUCCACUCAGGUUUGAAUGAGUGGAUAGAAUCCAAUUUUAAAAGCCUUUAACCACUUUUAGGCACUCAAGUACUUGUUCUCAGUUUACUUGUUCUCCUGUUUCUCUCUGACAGUAAUGUUCUAUUCCCAGACAAAUAAAGCAAAUGCAGGGACACCUAAAUUCGGAUCAGAAAUCCCAGGAAAUCCUGUAGGAGAAAGGAAAGCCAAACUGCUUUGUCUGCUGCUUCCCCCACCAUGCAACUGACAUUCCAACCUCAAACCUUUAAUCACUGCUUUCCCUCAGCUGCAAAUGUCCUGUGUCCCCACUACCUGUCUAAAUUGCCAUCCCUGCCCAUUUAACUUGUACCCUUAUUUCUAGGUCCAUCUCAUAUACUAUUUUGAUAAGGAAGUCUCUUAUCCUCCAGCAGAACCAAGCUUUCUGCCCCCUGUAUUACCAUAGCACUUUUUUUUAGCCUUAUUAUGACAUUCAACUCACUGUUCCAUGACCUAGUUGCCUUGUGUACAUGGCUGUGUCUCCUAAAUAUACAAGUCGGUAAUGUGUCUAGUUGAUGUGUGUGAUCUCAGUACCCAGUACAGGGCUUGGCACACAACUGGCAUUCAAAAAAAUAAAAUAAAUUUGGCCA